AUGUCAAGCAUGUAUAAAUGUAUACAAAGGUUGGUCCCAAGCAGUGAGACACAAGAUAAAGUUUGCGCAGAGUUGACUACCUAUAAGAAAGCUAAAGGUCUCUUUGGGAUGGAUUUGGCGAUUAGACAAAGAACUACAAGGGUACCAGCUGAUUGGUGGAGUGCAUAUGGUUCUGAAACGCCACAUUUGCAAACAUUAGCCAUCAAAAUUCUUAGUCUAACUUGUAGUUCAUCUGGAUAUUCACAGUGUCACACCCCACUUUUUAUUACUCGAAGUAUUACCAAUUUCAUUAAGUAUAAUAGAGCAUUGAGACGUCGAUACAAUUCCCGUGACACUAUUGAUCCCAUUGCUUUGACGGAUAUUGAUGAAAGUAACGAGUGGUUGGUUGGGAGGAUGGAGGAGGAACUUGUCUUUGAAGAUGAUACUUUGACAUGGGAUGAUGUUGCUAGAGCUGCUGGAGUUGAGGAAAGUAGCCAAAGAACUAGAUCAAUAAGAGCAAUAAAAAGGGGUCAUUCAACUUCAAAAUCAGCAACUAGACCUAGAUUACAACUUAUUGAUGAAGAAGAGUCAAUUUCAAUUGGGGGAGAGGAAGAAGAUGCAGAGGGAUAUGAUGAUGCCAAUGAUAAUGAAGAAGAAGUUCAUUUGCUUGAUGUUGAAGAUGAUUUUUAG